UGAAGCUGAGGCAGCAGAGUCCAGAUGCUCGACGGCCCCCCGUUCACGCCAUGACCUACGAUAGGCGACGCUGUCGGGGGAAAUCAAAGGUCCCCAUGUGCUCAGACGACGACUGGGUUUCCAAAUGCCCCUCCGGCUGCAGACUCCAGGCUUUUAUCUCGCAGAUGGAGAGCCAGGUGGAGAGAAAGCUGAGGACGGUGUGCAAGACAGCAAAGAUGUAUGAGGAUGUAGCUGAGAAGUCCAUGAAGGCGAUGACACACAUCUACAGCCACAACCGGAGAGUCAUCAUCAACAAACACAUGUCAGAACUGAAGUUUGUCGAACACACCGAAGAAUUAGCCAGAAACUUCUCCUUGCUGCUGAAAAAAUCUUCAAGGCUGUCGAAGCAACUGGAGGAGCUGAACCACAAAGUCAAGGAACAACUCGAUGAGAUGUACCAAACAGAGGUUGACAUUGACAUGACGCUCCGAGCCUGCCAGGGGUCCUGCCAUGUGGUCGUACCAUUCAGUGUUAGUCAUCAUAGUUAUGAAAUGCUUCAAGCUGACAUGGAACAAAUGGCUUUCCACCAGAAAAGGAAAGCAGCCAUACCUCCUCAGGACCUUCCACAUGUCAAACUGCAGCCUGUAGAUGUGGGCCAAGUUUCAUCAGGAGAGUAUAAGAGCAUACCCACAGUCCAAAGAGAACUGCUCACCCAGUUUGAGGACAUUGGACAGAACCAGAUUCUUCUGGAGCAGCUGCUGGAGGAGUCUACAGCUGUGGACGUUGACACUCCUUCAGAGCUGGAAUGAAGAGUUCAACUGAAGGACCAAGACCAAGAGGAAGACAUAUCUGACCUCAGACCCAUACAGACAUGAUGGCUUCUGGGGGUUUUGUGGGACUUUUCAGUUCAAUGUUUGGUUUGGAUAGAAACCACAUUUGUAUUUCUGUUUGAACAAACAGGCUUUCUUAGAGUUGAACAUUUGAAGUGUCCAGCUGCAUUACGACAAUUUCAAUGAGAUUGUUGUGACAAAAUGUUUAAGACCGGAACAAUAUACAAGAUAACAAGAUAUUUAAAGAUUAGAAAUCAGUGUGAUUUAAAAAGAUCAAAACAAUAAGAUAAUUACAAAAACACGUUUUAUUUCAAAUUCUCUGUCUCAAUCUUUUUCUCAAGAUAAAUUUCGAGUAGUCUUGGAAAACGCUUUUUUAGGUUCUUACUGAAACUGUUUUUAAUGUCACGCUCUCUGACUGUUUAUCUGUCUUAGUGUGUGAUGAUUGUAUUUGUCUGUUUACCCUUAAACUAUUUAUGAAUCAAGGUCUUUAAUCUUAAUGACUUGAUCAUAUAUGAUGACGGCUGUUUCAGAUUAGAAAUAUGUAAACCAAUAACGCACACUCCUUUCUCUCCUGCUGUAUUUAUUUAUAACAUCUCCAUCUUUCCACUCACUUUAUAUCACACCCACA